UGAAGUCCGAGGUAGUACGAUGUGCGAUAGCCGAUAGCUCAAUCCUUUUCCUUUAGUAAAAAUAAAAAUUACAUAAAUUCUUCACGAUUUACCUCAUUAUUUUUCGUUUUUGUUAUAAAAUCGUAUCAAUAAUAAACAAACUGAGGCAAAAUGAACAAGAUGUUUGCACUUUCUCGAGGCACGUUUCCUUUCUUAUCAACACGAUGCUAUCUGCAGGGGCUGCAGCGACAGAACUGGUACUCGUCUCGCAGGACCGGAUUUUUUUCGAAGUUCAUUGAUAACAUUAAAACUGAGAUGGAAAAAAACAAGGAAAUGAAAGAAAACAUCAAAAAGUUCCGUGAAGAAGCACAGAAACUCGAGCAAUCCGAUGCACUACAAUCGGCUCGACAAAAAUUCAAUGCCGUCGAAUCAGAAGCACACAAAAGUUCAAACAUCCUUAAGGAACACCUUGGGAGCAUUAAGGAGAAAGUAAGCGAUGUGAUUGGUGAAGCUGGAAAAACAGACAUCGCCAAAAAAGCCAGUCAAUUUGGAGAAGAGCUUUCGAAGUCCGCCAAAGGUGUCACGGAUACAAUAUCGGAAAAAGGAGAAAAACUGGGCAAGUCGGGUGCAUUCCAAACAAUAUCUGACACAACGAAAAUGAUCAAACAAGAAAUAGAAACACAAAGUAUACAAGGACGUGUCUACAGAAGUCCGGAGAAGCUAAGAAAGCGUGUUGAAGUUGCCACAACGGCAGAUGAUCGCAUUUUUGAAGCGAAUAUGGACGCAACAGGCGUUGAAUUACACAAAGAUUCUAAGUUCUACCAAUCGUGGGAAGAUUUCAAAAAUAAUAAUACCUAUGUCAAUAAGGUUCUCGAUUGGAAAAUGAAGUACGACGAGUCAGAAAAUCCUAUGAUUCGUGCUUCCCGUCUUCUGACCGAUAAAGUUUCGGAUGUUAUGGGCAAUUUGUUUUCCAAAACAGAACUCUCCGAAACCCUCACUGAACUCUGCAAAAUUGAUCCCAAUUUUGAUCAAAAACAAUUUUUACGCGACUGUGAAACCGACAUUAUCCCCAAUAUCCUCGAGGCGAUGGUGCACGGCAAUUUAGAAAUUCUCAAAGACUGGUGUUUCGAAAGCACCUAUAAUAUUAUAGCCACACCAAUAAAUCAAGCAAUGACAGCUGGACUAUACUUGGAUUCAAAAAUUCUUGACAUUGAAAACAUUGAUUUGGUUAUGGGUAAAGUCAUGGAACAGGGACCAGUCCUUAUUAUUACCUUCCAGUCUCAACAAAUAAUGUGCGUGCGGGACAGACUGCACAAAAAAGUUGUUGAAGGCGAUCCAGAAAAAGUGAUGCGUGUCAAUUAUGUUUGGGUUUUAUGUCGAGAUCCAAAUGAAAUGAAUCCAAAAGCUGCAUGGCGAUUAUUAGAACUCUCAGCGAAUAGUCAAGAACAAUUUGUGUAGAAAUUUACAUAAUUAAUUAUAAUAUAUUUGUUUUGCUUUAUUCUUUUAAUAUAAUAUAAAAACUACAAAUUCUUUUUAAAAUAUGUAAGGCUUGUUGUGUACAUAAAAAACUGUAUUUAAGAUUUAAACUACAAUUAAAUGCCUAUGCAAUGUUUUAUUUGUUAGUAAUUUGUGCGUAUUUUUUAAAUUAAAAAUUAGGUUCUAAGGUAUUAAAGAUUUUGAAAGCAAACACAAAAAAUAGCAACCAAAUUCAUUCAUGAAUGCUAUACAAAUAUCAAUAGGUAUGUAAUACAUUACGGUAUAACAUAUUGUUUACUGUACAAACACAAAUGUAAUACUAUAACGUUAAAUACAUUUAAGGAGACAUUUUGAAAACGAACAUACAAAUAAAACAACCACUUGAACUAGA